CAAGUUAUCCAAACCCAACAUCACCCUGGCUCACACUCAGUGGGUUGUCCGGGGUGGAAAUGCCACCAUCAAUUGCCAAAGCCAAGACUGGGCUGCAAAGUUCCUUUUUGAGAAGGCUGGAAAACAAAUACCUCUUCAAGUCAUAGAGAUUAAUGGGACCAUGGGCACAUUCUUCAUGAAAGAUGCUAACUUGGAGGAUGGAGGGAACUAUAGCUGCAGGUACAGUGUCAAGGAGAAACCUUUUAUCAUCUCAGAGCCCAGUGACUUCGUGACAAUCAAGAUAACAGAUCCUGAUCUACCCAGGCCCAGCAUUUCUUUUCAUCCUAGUGCAAUGCCACAGCUGGGGGAAAACAUCACCAUUCAGUGCUCUUUCAAUAAUUCAUACAAGGCAUGCUAUCUUUAUAAAGAUGAUGGUAAGAAGGAAUUACAGUCAGUGGAGACAAGUAGCUCUGAUGCUGUGUUCCUCAUCAACAAUGCGAGUGAAGUUGACGGAGGGAGCUACUACUGCAAUUAUAGACCCCAAUCAGGGCCCUUCAUCUCGGAGGCAAGUAAUACCGUGGACCUUUACCUAGUAGGUGAGGAUCUUCAUUCACGAUCUUCUAAACUAAUGAAUUUUGGUGCCCAACGUGGCAUAUUUUGGUAUAACUUGCCCCAUAAACAAAUCAGAAUGAAUGCUCAGCCAAGACUGGAUAUGCUCUAA